AUGCCGUCUGCAAGUGCGUGCGUGUCCAUUGCGAUGUUUUUGGUUCUUUUUUUGCGAUUGUCUGCAAGAAAUCGCAGACUUCAAGGAAGGAGAAGAGGUCUACGACGCCUCCAAGUGCUGUUGGAUGAAACUUUGACUGGUGCUCCGGCCAGAUACUGUGCCUUAAACCUGAACAUGCCUGUACUGCGCAUUUGGUUGGAUGUGGAGUCGGAGCUGAGGCAGGAUUUCCGCCUCAGCAGAACAGCAAUGCGCAGUUUACAGAGGCUUUUGCACAGGGAGCAGGACCAUGGCUGGGGUAAUGAUUUGGAAGUCCUCAUCUACACCUAUUGGCUAGCACAUGGACUCUCUUACCGGGUGGUGUCCCGUGUCUUCAACGUGCCAAAGCCUACAGUUCACCGCAUCAUCCACAGAGUGGCCCAGAACAUAUGGGACAAUCUGGGCAGAGCAAUCAGCUUUCCUCCAACAGCGAACCUGCCCACAGUUGGUCAGGGAUUUGCUAACAUUUCGGGAACCCCUGCAUUCCACAAUGUGGUUGGAGCUAUCGACGGCAGCCACAUCCGAAUCAAACCUCCACAGCGUCACAGAUUGGACUAUUUGAAUUACAAAGGUUUUUACUCAGUAAACAUGCAGGCAAUAUGUGACUCUAAUGGGAGGUUUCUGGACAUUUAUGUGGGGUACCCGGGAUCUGUCCACGAUACACGCGUUAUGAAAAAUAGCACUUUUUAUACUGCAAGACGGUAUCCCCCAGCGGGCUACAUCCUUCUGGGUGAUGGUGGGUAUCCCUGUCUGGAAACUCCAAUUUGCCUCAUCACUCCAUUCAAGGAGCCAGUGCAAGGACAAGUACAGCAGAGGUUCAAUUACCACCAGGCAAAGGGGCGCAGCAUAAUUGAGAGGGCGUUUGGAAUGAUGAAGACCAGGUGGAGGUCGACACUUUUCAAGGCUUUAGAGGUGAAGCCCACAUUUGCACCACAGGUCAUCGCUUCAUGUGCCUUUUUGCACAAUGUGUGUAUGGACAAUGGUGACACUCAGGUUCCAGAUGAGGACAUUUUAGGAGAUCGGCACGACCCCCAACCUCCCCGUGAACCCAUGGCAUGCAACGAAACCUCUGGGAAUGAUGUCAGAAACAGACUGGCUGCCCAAGUUUCAGGCAAUGCACAAGCCCCAUGAUGACAAUUGUCAUAUGUAUAUAUGUAUAUAUUUUACAUUUCUUUUGUGUUGACGUUGGUGGUGGUGGUUUUUUACAUUAGUGUAGAUGUUAUCUGUAUAAGUCUGAUUGCAAUAAAUCAUUUCAUACACAGUG